UAAAAGUUAUAGCAGAAAUGGUUUUGCUAUUCUAACUGUUACUAUCAUUUCAUUGUCCAUUUUCAGAGUUCUCGUUUUGUUUUUGAAAGCAAUGAGAUUUACUUCCAAGCUGCUCUUAAGUUUCUUGGUGUUGCUACCCUUCUAGAGACCCGCAAUAGUGAGAACGGUAGACAUGGAGACAUGAACCAAAUGCAAGUGAACAGCACUGCCACUAAACUUUGCGAAAUGUGUGCCCAAGAAUAUGAAAAAUGCCAAAAAUUGGCUGCUGCUGCUUUAGCCUAUAAAUGCGUGGAGGUAGCGUACAUGAGGGUUGUUUACUGCAAACAAUCUUCUAGCAGCAGAGAUCUGAAAGAGUUGCAAGCAACUGUACAGAUGGUCCCUCAAGGUGAAUCUCCAUCACCUUGUGUAUCAGAUGUUGAUAAUAACUUAAAUAAUCAAGCAAUUGUGGACAAGGCUCCAUUAGCCAAGGGUAAUGUUUCACAUGUCGCUGGAACCCAUGUUGUCGUUGCUAGAAACCACCCUAGUUUUGGCCGGCUGCUUGACUUUACACAGGAUGCAAGUUUUGCAAUGGAGGUCACGAGAAAAUCCCAAACAUGUUUCAUAGCUGCUACUUCAUCCCUGGAAGAGGAAGACGCACAAGAUAUCGAGUGGAUUGCUUCUGUUAAAAAGGUGAUUGAUUUCAGCUUUCAAGAUGUAGAUGAAUUUAUAUCUUUGGUUCAGCAGGCUACGCAGGCCAUAGGUCGUUCUGGUUAGGUAGUGCUACAGCUUAAUCUACCCCUGUAUAUAAUAUUGUGUUUUUUUGGAUUAUAACCUCCAAUGUGCAUAUUGGAGAAGAAAGGUGAAAAAGAUGCAUACUUAAACCUGCAUUCGAAACAAGUAAAGACGCCAGUCGCCAACAACCUAUUGCCUCAGUGUACAUGUGUAUAAAGUGAGAUUUAUUUGCAAAUUUGCAAUGUAUAUUUUUGUUCACCUUCUUCUCAUUGAUAAGAGAGCACAGGAUGCUCGACUUUAAGUUUUUCGGGUUGGCAAAGAGGGAAAAUUCGAGCUUGUUCAGUUAGAGAUUCGGAGUUCUAUGUAAGAUAACGGUCACAUAAAUUACUAUUUUUUCGCUCCAUUGUUUCAGUGCCCGGGGAAAAG